AUGACCGGACGAGGAAAAGGUAAAGCCCAGGGCACCAAGUCAAAGACUCGUUCUUCCAGGGCAGGUCUACAGUUUCCUGUUGGUCGCAUCCAUCGCCUUCUUCGUAAAGGCAACUACGCUGAACGCGUCGGAGCCGGUGCUCCCGUGUACUUGGCUGCCGUACUUGAGUAUCUGAGUGCUGAGAUCCUCGAGUUAGCAGGAAACGCAGCACGCGACAACAAGAAGUCAAGAAUCAUUCCUCGUCACCUCCAGUUGGCUGUGCGAAAUGACGAAGAAUUAAACAAACUCCUUGCCGGUGUCACCAUCGCUCAAGGCGGUGUUCUUCCCAACAUUCAGGCAGUAUUACUACCUAAAAAGACAGAGAAGAAACAACACUAAGCGACGGCAACAACCAUAAAUACAAACGGCUCUUUUAGAGCCACCAAGUCUAGAAUAAAGUCAUGACCAAUCACGAUAUAAAUUUGUAAUCUACCCCCCAAAUAGUAUUCGCCGUCUAAGUUUGGGGUUAAUAACUCGAUCGAUACUUAGCCACAAAUAAUUAUGUCUCGCGGAAACUCGCUAUUUCUAUUUGUUUUUGCAUGGUUCCAUGUUGCUAGUUUUGUUCAUAAAUGCGUAUACCAAAGCAUAUUUAGCGCUAUUUCGGCUAUCGCAUGUAAGAAACAAACAACAGCAACCACAGCAUUGCUUGAAAACUGAAACCAGUCUUAGGUCAGUUUAGCUCGGUGUAACAUGAAUUUAAAGACUGAUGUGAUUAUAUCAUGAAAGUUGAAAUUGCGUUUGCUUUCUAUGCAGGUUUCAUUCGCGCUGUUUCCAACAGGUUUUUAUACGAACUUCGAGGUACAUACCAAGCGACAAUCGAACAACUUUCUGCUCUUUUUAAAACGAGUACACAAUUAAUCGCAUUCCUACCAACCGGGAACAAACAUUGCUGCUACUACUGAGCUUGAAAUGUUGUUUUCUUUGCCUAAAAAUUACAAGAGAUCGUCGUGAUUUCCUUCGGUACACAAGCUGUUUACGUAAAAUAAACUAACACAGUUAUAAACCGUCGUCGGUAACGACACAAACCAGCUUGCUCUCUUAAUUCUGCCACAACAACAACGUACAACAACAGUUUAUUCACUAACUAAUUAAAGACAAAAAAGCUUACAGUAUUGUAUGCCCCGCAAAGAGCUAUGAGGCUAAUCUAGACGGGAAAAAAAAAAUAAUUUCCCUGUAUAAGUAACGACUGCGCUGCUGUAAAGUCACUAAAAAAAAAAAAAACUGGCGUGGACGCACCCAGUAAAUAAAGCGCUGAAUCGAUUUCAGGUGUAUGUUGACUUGUUGAUAUGUAUAUAAACCUUCAGCAAUGAUCGUAAUGAAAACAAAUUCUCUUAUCACGUAUUGGUCAGAGCUUUUCAUACAUUUGUUGGCUCCUAAAAGAGCCGUUGGUUUAAGUGUUGAUCAGGGAUUACAGUGUAUUCUAACCCCCAAAACCGUACAGAGUACGUCCUUGUCGUUUCAGAGCGUAUACUACGUCCAUGGCUGUAACGGUCUUACGCUUGGCGUGCUCGGUGUAGGUCACGGCAUCGCGGAUAACGUUCUCAAGGAAAACUUUCAGAACACCGCGUGUCUCCUCGUAGAUCAGUCCAGAAAUUCGCUUUACACCCCCCACGGCGAGCGAGACGACGGAUCGCUGGCUUGGUAA